GGCCGAGGCUAGUUCCCGGACGAACGAGCGACUCGCCAAUGGAGACGUCGUCUUCUUGGACAUGUCAUCUGCGAGUGGUAGUGAACAAUGUCAUUUUAUUUGCGAGGGCCACAGAGGGAGGCGUUGAGGCGGCCGUAUCGUAACCUUCUACGGAAGGCGCGUCACUUUGCUUUGAUUAAGUUUCCGUGUGAAUGCGAAGGUGUUCGGAGAAUUCCACGGACGGCCGCUUUUUAUCUUUCUCUCGUGAAACGUGCCCGUCAUUGUCGUGUGGAGUCGAAUGUGUCACAAAUGUGACAAGUGUGUGCUGCAGUGGCCCACAUAAGGGGACGACAACACGGAUAGUUUAUUACUCCGCGGAGUUCUUUUUAAAAGACCCCGCCACUGGUGGUUGGACUUUGGAGACGUCCAAGAACCCAAGGCAGGCUCCAACGUGAACGGAAGUCGCUCAUCCAAGACGUUCAAGCCCAAGAAAAACAUCCCGGAGGGCUCGCACCAGUACGAGCUGUUGAAACAUGCCGAGGCCACGCUGGGGAGCGGCAACCUGCGCAUGGCCGUCAUGUUGCCCGAGGGCGAGGACCUCAACGAGUGGGUUGCGGUCAACACCGUGGACUUCUUCAACCAGAUCAACAUGCUGUACGGAACCAUCACGGACUUCUGCACGGAGGAGACUUGUCCCGUCAUGUCCGCCGGUCCGAAGUACGAGUACCACUGGGCGGACGGCACCAACAUUAAGAAGCCCAUCAAGUGCUCCGCCCCCAAGUACAUCGAUUACUUGAUGACCUGGGUGCAAGACCAGCUGGACGACGAGACGCUUUUCCCCUCCAAGAUCGGCGUCCCGUUCAAGCGGAACUUCAUGUCGGUGGCCAAGACCAUCCUGAAGCGUCUGUUCCGCGUCUACGCGCACAUCUACCACCAGCACUUUGACUCGGUCAUGCAGCUGCAGGAGGAGGCCCACCUCAACACGUCCUUCAAGCACUUCAUCUUCUUUGUGCAGGAGUUCAACUUGAUCGACAGGAAAGAGUUGGCGCCGCUUCAGGAGCUGAUCGAGAAGCUGACCACGAAGGACAGAUAAACGCCACCGUGCUUUUUUUUUUCCUUUUCGGCGAUUUUCUAGUUUUUGCACAGAAAUACCCUCUCCCUCCGCCCCUCCCCACAACGCCCUCAACUCUUCCUCGGCCGUUCGUAUGCAGUAUCGACUCUAUUUCCAUUUGGGGAAAUGUUUUUAAAAGAGGCCCGUCCGGGACGUCCCGUUGGCCAUUAAACGCGCCGGGACUCGAGCUUAUCAGGAGUGUUGGGGUCAAGGUGCAACACUCCUCCCUCCGCUUCGCGUGACACUCGUUGGCUUACGCUGUACAAAAAAAAAAAAAAAAUAGUGCCGAGACGUCAUCCCCGAAGCCGUUCCGAGAGCAGAAAUUCUUCCCGCCAGCGGUAAAAGCAUCCCAAGUGCCUGGCCCGGCACCUGCGGCGAGAACUGUAGCGAGGUCGCGAUCGACCUCGAUCGUCCGGUCGCCGGAGAGAACGAGUUCAAAAUACUUGGCACGGGCCAUUUUCACGGCUGCGUCGGAGGCAUUCACGUGAGAGCUGGCGUCGAUUCGCCCGUGCCUUUUCGGACACAACUUGAGCCGAUCCAAACGCGAGCGGUUCCGGCUGCUCACCCCGUGAAGAGAAUGACACGCACGCUUCCCGAUGUCGGUGGGGCCGCGCCUCCGUUCCGGCUUUGGAUCGACGGUUUUCCAAAUGAUCGCUUGAAAAUGUUGCCGUUCUAGCGGGAGGGGACAAACGAUGACCCGUAACCUUCGCCGUACCUCCCGGAGCGGAAAAUGACCGCAACUUUGAACCGUUCUCCCACCCUCUUGCCUGAAUGUCUAGUCUGCUCUGUCGCACGACCGAGCGUCUUUUUCCCUUCCCCAAAAGUGAAUGUCCGCCCGCCCUGCCCGUGAGGCGCAACUGAGAUAUUUGCCAUGUUGUUGUGCACGCACAUCUCCCCGCUCUCAAAAGUCUCCUUUACUAUGCAAUAAGAAUUGAGGCGUUCAAAUAAACAAAAACCACCGUGGGAUCCGUCGGCGCGUUCUCGCCGGAUAUUUGUCGCUUCUCACUCAGACGUUUGAGUUUUGAAAAGUACGGCUCUGCUUUCGUUUUUGUGCUUGCGCGCCUUUUUUUGCGAGUCGGUCACCGUUUACCAGAGCUUGUCAGACAACAAGGCACACCAUGUAAAUAGCCAUGCCUGCCAAGGAGUAUUCCAGAAAGACAAAAGGACACGACAAGAAAUAAGGUGAAAAAACGUGAAUUGUUGCACUUUGUCAUACGAGGGAAAACCAUUCCUGCCACCAUAGUCAUUUCUAAGGAGAAAUGUGGACCAUUGCGAGGAGAACGGUCGUCUUUACGGUACAAAAGCAUACAGAAUAUUGAGCAUAAAUGUUCCACGGUGUUGCGCUAAAUUCAUCAAAUUCUCGAGGAUGUCACCUGAUGAUUGUUACUUGAUAACUGUUUUUUGUUUUGUUUUUUUCUCAGAUGAACCCCAUCUCCCUCAACCAAUUGUUUUUGGUUUUUGUUUCCAAUACUGCAGUACUCGGACGUAAUACUGCUAACAGCACCACUGCAUCGUAGUUGGACCCGCUAAGAAUUGCAAUAUAUCAGUGUGACAUUAGACAACCCCCCCGCCCCCCGACUUUGUUAGUAUAAUAAACUUUAUAGUAAGUAUAAAGUAUAGUAAACUUUUCAUUUGCCUCACGGAAUAAGUAUUGUUGUGUUUUUGAACACAGAAUGACGUCUUAUUUCUUGACAUUAGCCAUCUUACUGUCUAAUAUUCCUUCGUAGUUGAAUCGUUCUCUUAAAAUAAGCACGGACAUUUUGUUUUGUUUUUUUAGCGGCAGUUCCUCAUUCCCCAGUUUGCGCAUUCAAAUGGCGUUUGCUUGCUUUCGUUGUUGUUUUAUGAGGUCAAGAUUCCGAACGUGUUGACUCGUUUUCAAGUUUCUCAUCUCAACAAGCAUCUCCCGCUCUGGCCUGUUGCCGCGUCGUUAAUCAUCCAUCCUCUUGUCUUUCUUGGCUCUCUUCUUUAAGGAACUGUUUGUAGGCUACGUAACAGCUCGGUAAGGAUAUUCCAAUGCUGCUGAAACGAGUUCUGCUGUUUACAAGGCAAAUAAAGGUGGUGAUGAGUCUUUGCAUUUUUUGAAA